AUGGCGGAGCGCGGAGAAUCGACAAGGCGUGGAUGCUGGCGCCUCACGGGUGCUAAUGUGCUGGUGGAGAGGACGAUCGUUGUAAUGGCUCCCGGCCUGGCGGUUCGAGGCUUCGGGUAUGUGAGGCAGUGGACCAUGGCGGAGCGCGGAGAAUCGACAAGGCGUGGAUGCUGGCGCCUCACGGGUGCUAAUGUGCUGGUGGAGAGGACGAUCGUUGUAAUGGGUGCGGAGGCUUGCUUGGCGAUGUGUGGAGGGAUGGCGCUGUGA